ACACACUUUGUUCAGGUUCAGCAUCGAACGGAGAGGCCCAGAGCACGUCUGCCGGCUAUCAGCGAUCAGUUAGUUCCGAAGCGACGACUGCAUCGGAAGCAGAAUUGAAUAGAAAUUCAAAAAUCUCUUUGUGCGCUGCCUGCCCGCCUGACUUUGGAUAAUCCCAGUGCAUGCAUACAGAAAGUGAUAGUGGAGUAUACAAUAUCGUUUGAAUAUGAGUAGUGAAUCUAAAAUGGAAGGCUUACUGAAUUUUCUGAAACGUCUUCGGCUUGAACACAGCCCAAGCGGAUAUACGGAUUCUCGUAGCUCACAUGUUACUCCAAGACCGAGAGAUUAUCGAUCCCCGAAUGUCGCUUCAUCGCCCAAAACUAAUAAAGUAAAACCAGUUGGAGGUAAUUCUGAAACACACAAAAAUCCUCCAAAAACAUACAAAUACACAACGAACAACAAGAAACCAAAAGCGGAGAAAGAUAUAAAAUCAGAUAGUAAUCCUGAAACACCCAAAAAACCUCCAACUAAACACAAAUACACAACUAACAGCAAGAAACCAACAGCGGACAAAGAUGAGCCCAAAACAGUCAACGACCAACCUGUGCCUGAAAGUUCGAAGAAGCACCGCCACUCUUUUGACCGACAAUGGGAUAUCCGUCCAGUUUGUACGAUCGUUCGGCUGCCUCGUCAUUUGGAGGUGUUCGAUCCGAUCAAAGAUUGUCCUAUCUGCCAGGAACAAUUUCGAUCGGAACGAGUCUUCCGUAGUCACCUCGCAAGCGCACAUGGAAGCAGCAGUUUCCAGCUUGAAACUUUACUAAGCUUCGAUCCUCGCAACGAACGGAUCGAACAUCAGGUGUUUAAACUGGACAUGAAACAACUACCACGAGCGGUGCCUACAUUUAUGAUAAAGAUUACGAAUAAGGCCACCGUACCCGUACUGCUGAACUCGAUCUACGUCUUUGACGGGAACGUCAAGCUUAUAUCGGUAUUUUCCGGGAAUCAAGUACUGCGAAUGGUUCCCGGCUAUUGCUUCGAAGAGGAGGUGACACUCGACGAUUUGGUGCUGGUCGAGGGUCGAAUCUAUUCGUUGACUAUCUCCGCAACUCCCGUUGUUCUCGACCGAGACUUCGAUCGCCAGGUUGUCGAACAGUAUCAUUUCACUGAGAAGGCGGCCACAUCCGUAGGAAAAAGGACCCCCAUCAAGCUAAGCAAACUGCCACGGUUUGAAAUUCCCAGAUCGGUUGUAAUUCUCUACAAAAGUAACUUCAAAACCAAUGAUUCCUAUACAGCCCAGGAGAAGGAUUUGAACGAUCUUGUUGAUUUGUCCCAGAAAGAACACAUGCUCACGCUAACCAGGUACACGAAACAGAUUCACAUGCUCAAUUUGUUCGAGGCUCAACAUCUGCUACAGGAGUUUUUCGAUUAUACCAUUCUGAAUCCGGUCCUGACCACGACGGAAAAUUCUCGACUCUACAGUGUAUCGAUCGAUCAAUUCAAAAAGCGACCAUCGCUUCUGAACGAAGAAGUGAAGGUCAAAUUUAUCACGGAAGGCAAAUGUAAGAUGAAAAAAACGUACGGAGUGGUUGACAAGGUGACUGCUACGAACGUUAUUUUUCUGAUGCAGGAGUUGAUCGACGUCAAGAAUGUCAACAAAGUGAUGUUCAUUCUGAAUCGAUCCUCGUUUCAACUUGAGAAAAACGCUCUAGGCCUAUUGAGCACAUCUUUGAUCCAGAACAUUUGCUUUCCGACUGCUGUCACGGCUACUGGCAGUCCACUGGAGAGCAUCUCCGAUUUCCAAUGGCUCCGGAAGAGUAUAGCAACCAACAAGGAACAGAUGGUAGCUAUUCGGAACAUUGUCAAUCAGACUUCAUUUCCAGCACCGUACAUUCUGUUUGGACCCCCGGGAACGGGUAAGACGUCAACACUUGUGGAAGCCAUCGGACAAAUCUACAAACUUCGGCCAACAGCGAACAUACUAGUGGCUGCUCCGUCAAACUUUGCCGCCAACGCGUUGACCAGUCGUCUGUUGGACGUCAUUCCCGACGAGAAUAUCUUUCGAUUUUUUGCCUUCUCAUGCAUGCGUAAGCUAAAGGAUAUCGAUUGGAAUGUCAUCGAAGUUUCGAAUAUAGCCGGACAGGUGUACAGCAAUCUUUGCUACGAAGACAUCUACAUGUGCCGAGUGGUCGUAGCUACUCUAACCAUGGCCGGCAGACUAGUGCAAGCGGAUAUUGUGAAGAAGCACUUCAGCUACGUUAUCAUCGACGAAUGUGGCAGCGCCAAAGAGAUUUCCGCACUGAUGCCGAUCGCCGGACUUGCAACGAAUGGAAAUGAAAUUCACGCCAGCAUCGUAUUGGCCGGAGACCCGAAACAACUGGGACCGGUAAUACAGUACGAUUUCCUCAAACAAACUGUCCAUGGUAUUUCCAUGCUUGAGCGUAUGAUGAACCUUCCAUUGUACUCGAAAGAUCCCAUAACGAAGGAGUACAAUUCACGGGCCAUCACGCAACUUCGUGACAAUUAUAGGUCACACGACAAGUUGCUGCAAUUUUGUAACAACCAAUUCUACGAUGGACUACUUCGGGCAAAGGCUCCAGCCGAAAUCAAAUCAUUGGCCGUUGGAUGGUAUCGUUUGCCUAAUCGACGCUGUCCACUUAUCUUUUAUCCAGUCGUUGGCAAAAUGAAGCAGGAUAAAAACACUUUCAGUAUGUUUAACGAGACGGAAGCCCGUCAGGUCAUGUUCUAUGUAGGUGAUCUCUUGCAAAAUGGAGUCAACGGGAAGCCGAUACAGCAAUCUGAUAUCGGCAUUGUGUCGCCCUAUGCAAAACAAGUGCUGUUUUUGAAACAGUUCUGCCGAUCGAAAAAAUGGACUGAUAUAGACAUUGGCUCCGCGGAGCAGUAUCAAGGAAGGGAGAAAGCCAUCAUCAUCAUUUCUACCGUCCGAUCCGGUUCCGAUAACGUUGGAUUUCUGUCCGAUGUCAAGAGACUGAACGUAACACUCACUAGGGCGCGGUCACUCAUGAUAGUGGUUGGCAAUCCGGAAACACUAGGGCAGGAUCCGACGUGGAAGCAGUUUAUUGAAUUUUGCCGGCAAAAUGGAGCCAUUGCUCAACCGAAAGGUCCGAAAAGCUCUAAGACACCUAACACAAAAAAGACGACUCAACUGGAGGAGCAAUCGGAUAAAGCAAUCAUAUCCAAAGCCUCUAAACCGUUGAAUAGAAAUGGAAACCAGCGACAAAAAUCGAAACCCGCGCCAAUUAUACCUUUGCGUCCAAGGGUAUCAGAGGGUGUCUCUUGGAGCGACAAUAGAGACCAAAUUCAGGAAAUGAUUAAUAGAUUUUACAAUAAUUCAUUGGAAUAGUACUAAAAUCAUCGACAAACCGAACUGAGUAGACAAGUGCACGAUCUGAAUUUUUCUACGGCAUUUGGUAGUUUGAGUUAGUAUGUUUAUGAACAACUGAGAUAAAUGCACGAUCCCUUCUAUCACCUCAACUUUUUCGUCCCGCAAUUUUCACCGACACUCUUUCGUAAGCAAACAUCCCAAGAGAUUCUUUACAUAUUUAUAAACAUCUGACUUAAGGUAAUUUGUUUAGCAAUUCAAACUACCGUUAGAUCAUACGAUUGUAUUGUCACCAAAAUUUCCCUUGCUUAUUUUCAUCUUAUAUGCACAAUUUCAAACUGCCGUAUUCAAUCGCAACUAUCAGUUCUGUACUUUCAUCACUUGCUCUAGCUAAAAAAUUCACCUAAAGUCAGAUAUUGAUAUUAAUCGAUCGAUUCUCUUCAUCGGUUUUCUCUUUGAAUUACUAAUAUUGUAAUAAAAUACUGGAGAAUUCGACAGUGAACAUGCAUAACUGCAAUGAUCGAUUCUCUUCGUCGAUUUUCUCUUUCGUUACAAAUUCGCUUGGAUUAACAUUUUUCGGUGCGUUUACUGUUCCUUUUGAUAGCAGUGUUACAGCAGUGUUUUGGACAAAUUUCUGAAAAUUGUUUGCCUUAGCUGCAACAUUUUAAAGAGAAAAUCAACCAUCGCAGUUAGGCGCUUAUUGAUACUCACUGUCGAAUAAUUUAUCCAAUACAUUUCCAAUCAAUCAAUUGGUUGUGUAAAUGGUUGUAUUGGCUAGCAAAAGCAAGAACCGAGAAAUGUUAAUCCAGCAAAAUUGUCAACAAAAGAGAAGAUGCAGAAAAUCGAUCAUUGCAGUUAGGCCCUUAUGAUUCAGAUUGUGCACUAACCUAUCAUCAUAAAACCUACACUACCCACAAUCGCAUAUCACUCCCAUAUUUGCUUGAUUUCAUUUAAAUUUCUUAUCGCGGGCCACGGCACUCUAUCGAUACGUGUCCUACUGUGCAUAAAAGCAUAACAAUCACAUCUUUGCUUGUUUUCUUAUUCUAAUUGGAGUGUUAUGCGUUUAUGGUUAGUCUGAAUAAUACAUCGCAGAAAACGUUCAGCUAAGCCAUGAACACGUGUGCAUAGAUCAUUGAUUAAACCCCACUUUUUGACAGGUCAGGGAGCUUGUUUACAAGGUGUUGGAAUUGAAUCGAAAGAACGAAAUUUUACGUUGUCGUUUUACGCUUCUUGUAGUACCAUUGAACGCUAUUGAAUAUUUUUGAAAUCGUUAAACCGGUUCCGGAUAUAUGACCGGAACAAGUUCUGGUGGGUAUGGGUCUGGAGACUAGCAGAAGGGAUCUGAAUUAUACCAAAACUAUAAUGCGACGCAUCGAACUUCAUCAAAAUUAAAAAAAACAAGGUCCCUUAUUAUGGGUGUCACUUCACGGCGAAUACGAAGUGAAGUAACAACUUUUCACUCUCGGUGAACUGAUUCUCAUUUGCCCGGGAAUUAUUAUUAUUAUUAUUA